AAGCUUACAGCAGGAUGGCUACUGCACUAGAUCCUGAUCCGGCGAAGCAAAUGGAAAGUUUGCUCCAGUGUUCCGUUUGCAUGAAGAUAUUAAAUCAGCCACGAACACUGUCAUGUUACCAUUCAUUUUGUAAACACUGCUUGGAGAGUUGUAUUGAUAGUCAGCGAAAGAGGGCCGUCGAAGCUGGUUCCGAAGUACGAGACGUUUUUGAAUGUCCAGUGUGCUGCACGGAGUUCUCGGUAAAAGGAGAAAGCAUCGGUGAGAAAUUGCUACAAAACCAUUUCGUUAACAACCUUUUGGAAUCGCUCAUCCUGCAACAACAAGCCCGUCAUAUGAAGUGCCAGUCGUGCAAAGCAAAUGCUCCAGCAGCAAGCAGAUGCACAACGUGUGAGACGUAUUUGUGCGUGAAAUGUCUAGAAGCUCACAACAACUGGCCAGCCUUCGAAAAUCACAUCGUGUUGACGUUGGAAGAAUUAGCGAGGCCAGAGAAUCGAGGAAAAGUCAAAGGUAAACCUCGUUGUGAGAAACACGACAAGGUCCUCAAGUUUUAUUGCGAAACCUGCAAAGCUCUCGUUUGUCGAUAUUGCGUGGAUCUCAGUCAUACACGGCCCGGACAUAACUGGUUCCUUUUGGCAGACAUUGUCCUACAGCAUAGAGAAGCAUUGAAUGCAUCUUCGAGCAUUUUUGAACAGCAGAAAAACGAUGCAGCUGAAAGCAAUCGUAAGAUUCAAAGGACAAUAGAGACCCUAAAGAGCAACACGGCCAAAGCAAAGGAUGCCAUUAGGCAGCAUCAACAGAUGAUCCUGAAUGCCUUUGCCGAGAAACUCGAUAAACAAACAACAGCCUUGCUCGACCUAGCUGAUAUGAAAUGCAAGGAAUCCAAGGAGCCGUUGUUGAAACAACAAGCCGACGUGAAAGCCUAUUUCGAAAAAGCGAAACGUUCGCAGGAGUUUGCAAAGAAUGUUCUUGCCAGUGGAAGCGACGAGGUACUAUUGGGUCUCAAACACGAGAUUGAGGAAAAAGCUGGGAGCCUUGUGAGUGAACGACCAAAACAGAUGGAACCAGUCCACGAUGGCCUCCUCGAAUAUCAUUUCAAACCAACAAAAGAUGUUAUGGAAGAUAUAAAGUUAAAUGACCUCGGAAGAAUUGUUUAUCGGGAAAAAACGAAGAAAAGGCGAGUUAACGUUACAGCACAGUCUUUAUGUGAAAGAUCAACCAUCUUGGAUGGUAACAUGGAACAGGCGAAGCAACUUGUACAAUGGUUGGAAGAUAAGACGUUUGGUUGGCAACUUUGUUACCGCGCCUCGAGUCAUGGUUGGAGCGCAGAGGAUUUUCACAGAAAGUGCGACGAUGUUGGACCAACAUUGACUUUAGUGAAAUGUGGAAGCAACAUCUUUGGUGGUUUCACUGCUGAAAGUUGGAAGCCAUCACUAGUAUUGG